AUGGAGUUGAUUCCGUAUUCUUCGAGGGAGGGUCGUGAAAUCGUAUUGCGUCAUCGCAAUGCUGUCGUCGUAUACAAUCCCUCGUCGCGACGCUUCGAACCUCGAGAAUUACAAGACCUACGUGGUGUACCUUUAGCAGAAUGUCCUACCUGUCAUCAACCCCUCCGCCCUCCUUCUCCCGACCGACAUUUUGAUGUUCCCACACCACAAGAAUCUUAUGUCGAUCCGAAUUAUUUUCGUAUGCUACAAGCGGGACAUAAUGAGGACGAAGAACAUGCACAACGUCAACCUCCGCCGAGCCCCGUUCGUCGACUUACUCAGCCUAGUUUGCUGAGUGGUGGCCCAAGGGCGCAGGAAGUAGAUGAUGCCGAAUUCAUUUCCAGUACACCAGCUCCCCAAGAAGGAGGUCGUAUCAGAAGAGAUGCGUUCAGUCCCAAUUAUUUUCAAAGAUUCUUCGUCGAGGAAAAAGAACUCGGCCGAGGUGGAAAAGGUGUCGUACUUUUGGUUCGUCACGAGAUCGAUGGAUGUCCUUUAGGUCACUUCGCUUGCAAGCGAGUUCCCGUAGGAGACGAUCAUACAUGGCUUGAGAAGGUAUUAAUCGAGGUCGAGUUACUUGCCAAGCUUUCUCAUCCCAAUCUCGUGUCUUACCGUCACGUCUGGUUAGAGGACGUUAAGAUGAAUCGUUUCGGACCAAGUGUCGUAUGCGCUUUUAUCCUCCAACAAUACUGCAACAAAGGUGAUUUAUUACAGUACCUUAUCGGGGAUCAACAGAAACAAACCACAAAGGAGCAACUUAAAGCUCAAUUACGGCGUAAAUCCAAAGGAACCGGUGAACGACCUCGAGAGGUUUACCCUCCCCAACGUCGUUUAACAUUCGAGGAGAUCUACUCUCUUUUCAAGGAUAUUACAUCCGGUCUGGCUUACCUUCAUAGUGCCAACUACAUCCAUCGCGAUUUGAAGCCUAGCAAUUGCCUUUUACAUCAAGAGAAUGGCAGGCUUACGUGUUUAAUCAGCGAUUUUGGUGAAGUACAACCAGGAAAUGCCAUUCGAAAGUCAACGGGAACAACCGGGACGAUUUCCUAUUGCGCCCCCGAAGUCUUAAAGAGAGACGCCGGUGGUCGACUUGGUAAUUUCACAACCAAGUCGGAUGUAUUUUCGUUGGGAAUGAUUCUUUACUUUUUAUGUUUCGGUCGGCUUCCUUAUGUGAACGCCAAUACCGUCCAGGAAGAACUAGAAGACAUUGAUCAACUUCGAGCAGAAAUUACCGAUUGGAAAGGUUUCCACGAUGAGAAACGAGAACGUCCUGAUCUACCCUCUAAGCUGUAUCAGCUGUUAAAGAGUAUGCUAGCUCUCGAUCCCACCGAAAGACCUAGUGCCAAUCAGGUAUUAAAGGUAAUGCACGAACCAUAUAGUAACGGGCUACGAGGACGAAGCACAAGUCCUCCUGUUGGACUAGGUACACACAGGAUUCAGAGUCUCGACUCGCCUAUGCCACCUAGUACACCAAUUCCCGAUCCACAUAAACAUCACGGCAAUGUUUUGACUCCCGAAGAACUUACAUCUCCCAGUGGAGAGAGUUCGCCGACUUCAAGCCAUUCGCCUGAAGCUGCAUUCCAUAGCAUGCAGAAGUACGGUAGUCCUAGUACACCUCGCCAUCGACCACAAGCUAUGGCAUUAUCGCGAAGUCAUGAAGGAUUUUCGCGUUUAUCUCCAGAUCGAGGUCGUGCUACUGGGAUCGCUCAUACCCAAGCACCUACAAUGCGUACACCAUUACUCAUGCCACCUCCAACGGGUACGUUUGGAACAACACAGCAACGGGCGCAAGGCUAUUUGAUCUAUCUCGGCCGUAAUCAUGUCGAUUCGAUCAUGUUUACGUUCCGAUUGCUCUUGUUUCUGGUGAAGAUACUAUCACUAGCCAGACAAUGUUGGCCGUUUACCGUCACCAUUAGUGUUGGUGUACCUCUAAUUGGCAUCGCAGGAGUUGAUCUAGGUAUUCACAGGGAUGUAUUCAUACCUCACGAAGGAGGGUCGCGUAGACCUACUCCUUUAGCCUUCCCCAGAUGGAGAUGGGGAUGGAAAGGAAGUUUUAUUCUUCUGGCCUUCCAUUUCCUUGCGUUAUGGGCAUUCUCUCGAUGGGGUCUCCUAUGUGUCACAUUUAAGGACAACUGGGCAGAUUGGUGA